GAGGGGCUUCUUCCCCUGAGGCGCGAGUGAGCUACUAGGCAUGGAAGAGGCGGCGGCGGCAGCGACUGUGAGAACGAGCUCGGGGAGCCCUCCUGUCCCCCGGGAAAGCGGCGGCGACAAGACCCAGCCCCAUGAAAGAAAGGUUUACAUGGAUUAUAACGCCACGACGCCUCUGGAGCCAGAGGUCAUCCAGGCCAUGACGGAGGCCAUGCGGGAAGCCUGGGGGAAUCCCAGCAGCCCUUACCUGGCAGGUAGAAAGGCCAAAGAGAUCAUCAACGCGGCCAGGGAGAACUUGGCCAAGAUGGUGGGCGGGAAGCCCCAGGACCUCAUCUUCACUUCGGGGGGCACAGAGGCGAACAACCUGGUGAUCCACUCCUCCGUGAAGCUGUUCCAGGAGAGCCAGCGGGGACGACAGGACGGGCCGGCCGAGCAGCCACUAAGCCUGGGCCGCGGGGCCAAGCCGCACAUCGUCACGUGCUCGGUGGAGCACGACUCCAUUCGCCUGCCCCUGGAGCACCUGGUGAAGGAGCGCGCGGCAGAAGUCACCUUUGUGCCCGUCUCGAAGCUGAACGGUCAAGCGGAAGCGGAUGACAUCCUGGCUGCCAUCCGGCCCUCCACCUGCCUCGUGACCGUCAUGCUGGCCAACAACGAGACGGGCGUCAUUAUGCCCGUCUCAGACAUCUGCCGCCGAAUCAAAGCCCUGAACCAGAGCCGGGCAGCCUCAGGGCUGCCGGGCAUCCGUGUGCACACCGAUGCAGCCCAGGCUUUGGGCAAGAGGCGAGUGGAUGUGCAGGAGCUGGGGGUGGAUUACCUCACCAUCGUGGGCCACAAGUUCUACGGUCCCCGGAUCGGAGCGCUGUAUGUGCGAGGCCUGGGAGUCGUCACCCCUCUGCGCCCCAUGCUGUUUGGAGGUGGGCAGGAGUGGAGCUUCAGACCAGGGACGGAGAACACUCCCAUGAUUGCUGGGCUUGGAAAGGCAGCCGAGCUGGUGAAUCAGAACUGCGCGGCGUAUGAAGCCCACAUGAAGAAGAUGCGGGACUACCUGGAGGAGCGGCUGCAGGCCGUGUUUGAGAAGAGAAUCCACCUGAACAGUCACUUCGAGGGCUCCGAUCGGCUCUCCAACACGUGCAACUUUUCCAUCUCCGGCCCACACCUGCAAGGCCGGGUGGUGCUGGCUCGCUGCGGGACGCUCCUGGCCAGCGUGGGUGCGGCUUGUCACUCGGACCAGGGCGACCUGCCGUCGCCCAUCCUGCUGAGCUGCGGCAUCCCCCUGGAGGUGGCCCGCAAUGCCAUCCGGCUCAGCGUGGGCCGGACCACCACCCGGAAAGACGUGGACCUGGCCGUGGAGGACCUGAGGCAGGCGGUCACCCAGCUGGAGAAGGGCUCGGCCUCCUAGAGCCCCGCGCUGCCUCCCUCCUCCCUGCCUUUGGAGGAGAAGGGCAGCGCCUGCUCCACUCAGACUAACCCCCAGUCAGAAUAGAGGAUCCAUAGCUCUGGACCCAGCUGUGAAGCUGCUGGUUCUGUGGCUGCCUGGGGGGAGGGGUCAGGGUGGAGCCUGAAGAGCGCCCUCCCCCUUCGAGGAGCCACGCCCACCGCCUCCCCCCUGCAGCCUUUCAGAAAGAGAAAAUCCAGGCUUUCGCAAAUCCAGGCUUUCGCACCCAGUGCCGGGCAUGGGUUUGAGGAGGGAUAUUUCCCCAAUUUGGAGUCCCAUCAAUUCCCAGCUUGGAAUGAAACGCAGGUCCAGCUCCGGGAGGCCCAGCCUAAUAUUAGGCCGAGCCCGAUGGGAAGCGCCUUCGUUCCGUGUCUUCAGGGCCAGGGAUGCCAUUUCUCAUAGGAAGCCUUCGGGCUCAGGAUUCAGCAUUGAAGCCUUUGGCGCUCUACAAGGAAAAGCAGCUUCGUCUGUGCCGUGGAGCCGCCACGAGUGCCAAAGACUGCCCUUUCCCCUUCCUGUCCGGCCACCCCCAGUCAGCCUCCCCCUCCCCCCACUUCCUCUUCUUCUGUUCUUGGGAACCUCAUUGCUGGUGCUGGGGGCACUGAGGAAAGGAGCACCCAACUGCCUCCUCCUGGCGCCAUGGCUCUGCGGCCUGCUGUGGCCCAGCCUGGUGCCCCGAGGCCCUGGAGAGAGUGUUCUGUGCGGUGCCAGGAGUCCCGGCCUCUCACUAGCGUUUGUGACCGCUGGAGGGGAUCUUGGGGGAGGGAGGGCUACAUCCCAUCUGACAUAGGAGAACUCCAUCACGCAGCUCCUCACAAGAUGUCACUUCUGAAGAGCAGGAACCCACUGGAGGGGGCCGCUGUGUGGGUCCUCCAGCAGGCUCUGGUUCAUCCCUGACUCCAGUGUCCGUAGGAGGAUGCAGAGGGAGCUACCCCCGGAAGAUGAGCCCAGGGAUUCCCAGGAAGGGGUCCUUUCCUGGGCCUGCUGGGCUUUCUGCCAGCGUUCCCAGCCUCUAGGCAGCUUUUGAUCCAAGUGAACCUCUAGGAAGCUUCUCUUUGAGCCCAGGAAGAAAAAACAAAAAAACAGGCAUUUUACUGUCACUUGGAGAGCACCAGCUGCUCCCUAACUUGCCACUUCUGCCAGGUAAGCCCCUGUUAUUGCCACGUGGUUCAAGGAAUCACUCCCCACCCACAAUUCCAAGGAACCUCUCCCCACCCGCACCAGUGGAGGCCAAGGGCCAGGAGGAUCACCCAAGGAAGCUGGCGUGGACUCUUCUUGCUUCUUGUGAGGGCAGCGGGGCUUGGCAGAGCCAGGCCUGGCAUCCUCACCCAUGCUUGACCUCAGCCUUUGGCCUGGGCUCUUCCAUAGGAUCUUCCUUCAGAUUGUAUACCGAGGGAAGAGCUGAUCUAAAGGUCUGGGGAUGCCGCUUUGACCUGUGUUAUGGGUGAGGGAUCUACAUUGAACCAUUUCCAACACAUCCUUACUGAAUCUCCCAAGCGGGCCACCUUGGCUCAGCACUGCUUGGUGAUUUCUCCAUUAAUAAAAUACACUUCUGCGAA